GUGGCGGCAUCUAUCAAUGAAACGAUCAAGAUAGUACUUAAAUAUAACCUCCAAAAUUUUCGACAAAUUUAAGAUUUAAUUUUCAAAAUUUGUUAAUUUAUUGUUAAAUUCUCUAUCCGUCGAAAUGGGAUUCUUAACAGUGUUAAGAAAAAUGAAGCAGAAAGAAAAAGAGAUGCGAAUUCUAAUGCUUGGAUUAGACAAUGCCGGUAAGACGACAAUUUUGAAACGUUUCAAUGGUGAGAGGAUAGAUACGAUAUCUCCGACUUUAGGUUUUAAUAUAAAAACCUUGGAGCACAGAGACUACAAGCUGAACAUGUGGGAUGUCGGUGGCCAAAAAUCUUUGAGAUCGUAUUGGCGAAAUUACUUUGAAUGUACAGAUGGUUUAAUCUGGGUUGUCGAUAGUGCAGAUAAAAGAAGGUUGGACGAUUGUAGAGCAGAGUUGUUCACGUUGUUAAAAGAGGAGAGGCUAGCAGGAGCUACGCUUUUGGUAUUCGCUAACAAACAAGAUCUUCCUGGUGCAUUUUCUGCAACGGAACUACAAGAGAUAUUAGAAUUGGCCAAAAUAAAAACACAUCAUUGGAAGAUUAUAUGGUGCAGUGCGGUAACUGGCGAAAAUUUACUAAGUGGUAUCGAUUGGCUUAUUGACGACAUAGCUGCCAGAAUUUUUACACUUGACUAAUUUCAAUGCGGGUCCAACUCCGUCUUUUCACUUGGUAAUUCCACUGGUUUUUCUUCCACCGGUUUAGAUUUGAUUACAGUGUCAGGAUAAUAUGUCACGUAACUUGCUUGUAAAUCCGCACAACUUAUUUUUUGCUUAGCUCCAGGGAAUUUUUGCAUUAUUGCUGCAAGUAAAUCUUCAUCCAGUUUGAUCUUACUUUUUUUCAGUAAUGCUCUGAAAUCUUCUAUUAUUAAUUCUUCAUUUGGUAGCUGACCUACGAAGAUCCUGGAAGUAUACAUGACAUGUUAACAGAAUUAGCAACUGUGUUAGACUUUCAAGUUAUUAAAUUUUAAAGUAUACAAAUGCAAAAAAUUAAAUUCCUAUAGGUAUAUGUGAGAUGUUCUUAUUAAUUAUUGCAUAUUUUUAUACAUUUGUUUUAUUUGUAAUAGAUAUUAACUCCGCUUUCUAAA